AUGCAACGCAGCGUUAUUUGCGGUUUGCAGGACCGACCGCAGCGCAAGCCUGCCAAUCAAUCCCUGGAGCAUGAGCAUGAGCAUGAGCAUCAUGGCGCAGCGUGGCACAGCGCGGCGCAGCAGCAGCACGCAGCAGCAGCUCUCCAGGCAGCCUCGGCCCUCGACCCGGCAUCUCACGCAGACGCAGACGCAGACGCAGACGCAGACGCAGACGCCAUCAGCCAGGCAGGGGUGCCAGUCUGA